AAGGGGAACAAAUCCUACUGCGGGUGAAGAACUGGCAGAUUUUCUUUUUCUAUGGAGGGCAUUUCUGUCAAAAGGACAACACAAGGAUCUCAUUUUAACUUUUAUUAUAUACAUCUGAAAGGUAUUUUUCUUGUAAUUAUGACAAGAAAUUUGGACAUUUAGUUCAUCUCCUUUCUUUUGCUGCGCGUUUUCAUUGAAACCCGAACUCAAAUGUGUGUGUGAGAGAGAGAGAGAGAGGGGGCAAAGGUUUCUGAGAGGGCUUCUUUUAUCUCAAUCAGCAUGAGCUUUGCAAUGGGGAGCUCUUGCAUUCUGAAGUCUCCCCUUUGUAGCUUUCCAUCUUCUUCUUCUUCAUCUUCUUCUUUUUCUUCUCCUUCAUCUGUUCUCUUGUGUUCUGGCAAAAGAAAUGCAGAUAACAAGAGAAAAACCGCAUCCCUCAUGGUUUUUCUGCGCCAAGGAAAUGCCCCGUACGUCGAUUUCUACAAAAGAAGAACCAUUCUGUUCAUGGGAAUCUCUCUUCUUCCUUUCCUGCGGGUGAGGGCAAGAGCUACUGAAGAAGAGCAGGAGGUAGCAACAACAAGUGGAAACCAAAGAGACGAGCAAGCACUUCAAAGGAAUGCCCCGCCAAAUCCCUUUGUGUCUCUUCUGAAUGCUCUUGGAAUACUCGGUUCAGGGGUGCUUGGCGCACUUUACGCGUUAGCUAAUAAAGAAAAGAAAUCUACAGAAGCAAUGAUAGAAUCUAUGAAGAGCACCCUAGAAGAAAAGGAAGCCACAAUUGUUUCAAUGGGGAAAAACUUUGAGGUGAAGCUACAGAAUGAGCAGGAAGAAAGAACUAAGCAACUCAGAAAGGCAAAAGAAGAACAGCAGUCUUUGAUGAACCAACUGCAGUCAGCUAACAAUACAAUAGCAAGCUUAGGACAAGAGCUACGAAGUGAGAAACAACUGAUUGGAGAACUUAAAGUCCAAAUGGAUGGUCUUCAAACCAGCCUCACUAAGAUUAGGGAAGAUAAGAAGGAGCUUGAAACAAAACUGAACGAGAAGCUUGAAUCGAUUGAAGUAUUGCAGGAAAGGACAAAUUUGCUGAGUUCAGAGAUGAAGGAUAAAGAAGAUACUGUUCGAAAUCUCGGGUCUUCACUUUCUGAAAAGGAUUUGGAGUUGAAGAACUUGAGUUUCAAUUACAAGCAAACAGAGAACGAAUUGGCUGGGGCAAAGAUGGAACUUGAACUGUUGAAAGAUGAACUUCUGAAAAGUCAAAAAGAGAUGGAAUCUAAGAAUUCUGCAUUGGAUAAUUUGAAUGAAAGAGUUAAUUCUUUGAUUGUUGAAAGAGAUAAUUAUAGCAGAAGAGUUGAUGCUAUUCAGGAGGAAUACAGUGAUCUGAAGAUAUCUUCCGAAAACAAGGCAAGUUUGGAUGCUAAGCUCUUGGAAGAAAGGGAGCAUGAAAUUCAACUUCUCAGAAACAAGCUUGAGAUUGCUUUGAAUGAAGCUAGCGGAAGGCAAGUGGUAAUUGCUGAUUUGACUCAGGAAAGGGAUGAUUUAAGAAAAAUGUUGGAUAUAGAGUUGAACAACGUGAAGAAUCUGAAACACGAACUCCAAAUCACGCAGGAAACUCUUGUUACAUCUAGAAAUGAGGUCUCUGAUCUGGCAAAACAACUUAAGCAUUCAAAAACUUUGUGCACUGAGCUCGAGGCUGAGGUCUCUAGGGUUCAGUCUGAGUUUGCUGAAGCUCAGGAAUCAUUACAGAGAAGUCUUGAUGAGUCAAAACUGAGCGCUCAAGCACUGGCUGGUGAGCUCACAUCAGCAAAUGAACUUCUGAAGAAAACCACGGAUGAGCUGCAAAUAGUGUCCCAUGAAUUGGCAACAGCAAUGGAAAAUCGUGACAGCCUACAUAAGGAAUUGCGUGAUGUCUUAACAAAAAUGGAGAGUGCAGCCCUUGAUUUGAAAGAAGAAAAGAAGGUAGUUGCUUCCUUGAACAAAGAAUUGCAAUCUUUGGAGAAACAAAAUGCAAAAGAUAAGGAUGCCCGGAAAUCUCUUGAAACCGACCUGGAAGAGGCCACCAAAUCACUCGAUGAAAUGAACCGCAAGGCAUUGAUACUUUCAAGAGAUCUAGAGAUGGCUAAUUCUCGUAAUUCUAGUCUCGAAGAAGAGAAAGCUGUGCUCUACAAUUCCCUUUCAGAGCAGAAGAAUGCUUCCCAAGAAGCUCAAGAAAACAUGGAAGAUGCCCAUAACUUGGUAAUGAGGCUUGGCAAAGAAAGAGAGAGUUUAGAGAAGAGAGCAAAGAAACUGGAGGAGGAAUUGCAUGCUGCAAAGGGUGAAAUUUUGCGGCUGAGGAGUCAAAAAAUAAAUUCUUCAAGAACUCCUGUGGGUGAUCAAGAAGUGAAUUCCACAGUUCCUGCAAAGAGAAGCAGGAGGAAAAAGGGUAGUCAACAAACAAGUUAAGUUCAUCUUGAUUGCAGCAUCAAUUUCCCCCAUGGAAUGUGUGUUACCAUACCAUCUUCUUAAGCUAUUUCUCAGUGAGAUUUCAUUUUUCUGGCUGAAAUUUUCGUGGUAUCAUUUUAUGUUGUAUAAAAUGUGAUGCUGAGAUUUGGAAAAUGAGAAAAUCUCUCGUUGGAAAUUUUGUUAGUUUGUGAUUCCACCAUCUGUUGUCUGGUCUCCCAUCAUGUUGUCAUCCUAUAACAUUCAACAGCGAUGUGUUUU